AUGGAGUCUAAGCUUGCUGCUAGUUUUGAGGCAAUGAAGGAAAUAUUGCUCUCUAGAAUGUCUGCGCAUGAGGAGAAGCUUGAGAAGGUCACAGCGGGAAACCCACCACCCGCUGAUAUUGCUGAGCUGCAGUCUGAGUACUGUGAGUUUAAACGUUUUGUUUUGGACACACUAUACAGCUUCCGUAUGCAGAUUGAACUGUUGUCUCAAGGCCAUGACAGACACGAAACUGUGAUGCGGAGAAAAGUUUUACUUGUCCACGGUGUCCCUGAAGCGAAGCAGGAGAAGCUGCCUGAUGUCAUCACUGCAAUACUGCACAACCGCAUGAAGUUAACUGAGGUAGGUAGAAGCAACAUACAUGUGUGUCACCGACUGGGGCAAUCUAACCGCAGCCCAAGGCCAAUACUAGUGCGCUUCUUCACCACGGAGCAUCGGCACCUCGUAUGGGACAACAAGAAAUCGCUAAAGGGCUCUGGCAUCACCAUUUCCGAGUUCCUGACACAAAUGCGACACCGUGCCUUCACUGCCGCACGUAAACAUUUUGGUGUAACCAAUUGCUGGUCGGUUGAAGGCAAAAUUAUAAUCAUUGCGCCGGAUAAAUCACGACACAAGAUAGAGUAUAUGUCAGAACUCGAGGUACUAAUAAACAAAUUCCGACGCUGCCCAUCUGUUGGUGAUGACACUGUGCCUGCUGGAGAUCCAGGUUUGGCUGCUGGUGCAGGUGCUGACCCGCUGGCCAAGACCCAGCGAAGAACGCGUAACCCUCGCCGGAUCUAA